AUGGCAUCCAGUCGCUCAGCGAGAGCGGCCCCGUCGGCUGGACCGGCGUACAGGCCGUACUUUGGUGUUGAGAUCGAGAUAUUCGUCAAACUCCGCGAUGGCCUCGAGCAGAGGCUCAAAGACAUACACCAUGACCGAUAUAACGGACGCGCUUAUCAAAAUUUGCCUGCAUAUUACCAACAGUGGAACUUUACACUGUCCAAUGCUGCCGACAACGGGUCACGAGAGAUAGCUGAGCAGAAAGCUAAGCAGCGGUUAUGUGUUGGCCUGGCCGUUGAGCAUCUCAUCAAGGAAGUCCUCGGUAAAAACAAUGGUUGGGCGUGCAAGCCCGAUGCCAGUCUGAGGGAAUUCGAGAUCAAGGACGCGGAGAGCCGGUGGAAAUGGUGGGGAAUCGAGAUCGUCUCGCCGGCUAUGUCGACCAGCAGGCCCUGGCGAACGGAGAUAGAGAGCGUCUUCAAAGCCGUCGGCAAGGAGUUCGAAUUCUGGACGCACGAAUGCUGCUCUACCCACGUACAUGUGUCCCCAGGACCCGAUAAAAAGACCAAGUAUAGACUCUCCGACCUCGUGGACAAGGCAAAAGGGGCCUACUUAUGGGAAGAGGCGCUCUGCGAGCUUAUCGAGCCCAAGCGCCGCAAAAGCGUAUGGGCACGGCCGAACCAUAAGGUCUACGCAGGCCUCGAGUACGCCAACGUCGCGAACUAUGGCUGGAAAGUGGUCUUUGAUGAGCUCGAGAACGCUGCCAUGGACGGAACAGAAAGGUUUCUUAACCGCAUGAGGGGCGGGCCUGUGGGCACGAGCGAUUGUACCAGGUACGUCUCGACCAGUUUCCAUCCCACCGAUAGGUUAGGGACCGUCGAGCUCCGUCGGCAGGCUGGCUCUGCCUCGGCCACGACCGUCAUCUACCGCGUACUGUUCGCCGUCACGUUGCACGUCAGCGGGCUGAGCUACCCCUACGCCAAGGCUUCGGACCGCCGAGACCACCCGACCGCUCAGGAGCUGAUCGCGGAGCUGAGCUAUUGCAUGGGCCAACUCCCCAAGACAUGCAGCAGCACUAGUUUCAUCAACUGGCUCAGGUGGUGCGUAGCCAGGUACGCGGGCGGCUACCAGCCCAGCGAGCUGGAGACCAAUGUACACGAAAUGAAGUUGCGCUUGGGAGCCGUGUACCCGAAUGUCAACCUGCCGGCGCGAACGAGACCGCAAGGCCCCUCAAUUCCCGACGCCACCAGUCGGGACUCACCGUCAGGAUCCCGAACGAUAACCCGGCCCGCGCCCACUCCCACUCACGCCGCCUCGCCGCCACCGUCCCGACCGGUAGCCGGGAUAGUCCGGUAUGACCUCCCCGAACGUCCGGCGCCGCGUCGUGAUAGCCGUGACGGUCGGGCUAGGUCUCCGCCUCCUCCCGCCACUCAGGGACGGCGAGCCGUUUCCCGGCCUCCGCCCGGCUCGAGUUCGCGUGCGGCUCCGGAGGCCCGAGCACAACUCAUUGCAUUGGAUGAAACCCGAGCGGGCCGUAGUCGGCGUCCACUGUCGUAG